AGCCACGUCAAUGGGGGACGUGCUCACUACAGACAAGGCCAAAGUGAGACUCCUUUUCAGAAUGCCAACGGCGAGUUCGAAACGACUAAUGUUGGUAUAGGAUUUCGCCGUUUUUCGAGUAGAGAAAAAAUGACGUUAUGGGAAGAACCAGAUGAGAAUAAACAACCCAAAGAAAGAACACGUUGGAAAACAAGAUAUUUUAUUGGUUUUGUGCUGUUAAUCUCUGUAUUUGUGGGUAUAACCACUGUUGUUGUAUAUUACACAGUUUUCAGCAUUGGGAAUUCCGAUACAGCAAAGAUGACCGGGAGCCACAGUGACGUUACCGUGGCAACUAAAGAGACUGUACCUCCUCACCAAGUUAUUUCAACUGAAGUUUUCCUACCUACACGGAAUUUCACCGACGUUAUCCGAUCUACACCGACACCAACCGAAGUUAUUCAAUCUACGCCGACACCCAACGAUGUUAUCCGAUCUACGCCGACACUGGUUUCCCGGACAACACAAAACUCGUGGAGCCCCGGUGACGAAUAUCAAUGUCACGAUAACUACGUCGAUAUAUGUGACCAACUGCCUUAUAAUAGAACUACAUUACCAGUGAAUGCCGUGGGAGAAACGACAACAAAAGUUGGAUCGUUAUUGGAAUACGUCAGUGGAUGUCAUUCAGAUAUUGACUUUUAUCUGUGCACUAAAUUCGUCCCAGAAUGCCCAUCACCGGAAAGGUACCUUCCUCGCCCGUUAUGUCACGCGUUCUGUCAAGAGAUUAGUAAAGACUGUGGUGAUGCUUUGGUUCGGUCACGUGGGCUCG